UGUCAUUCGCUGUGCAAUGCUCGUGUAAGCUUAACGUGUGUGUACUGCACAAAAAUACUGUAGAGUUCAAAAGUAAAACGCAGAUUAUCAUUUAAUUACAAAUACCAUUAAGUAAUCACUCAAUAUCAAGCUUGAUUAUUUAAAAAUUUUUUAAAUUUUUAAAAUGCUGUCAUUUAACUUGCGGUCAAGUAAAUUUGUUUUACUUUUAGUAAUAACUAUUGCGUCGUUUAAAUCAAUCCCCGCAACGUCAAAUCUUUAUAAUAAUGACCACGGUCAUGGGGAAUCUUCAUUAAUAAAUAAUAAUAACGCCGCUUCCGUGCGUCAUGAUAAUUUAAAUUUACUUAAUAAUAAAAAUAACAAUAAUAAUAUUAAUGAUAUUAAUAGAAAACAAAGAUCUGUCAAUACAAAUCUUCAUAAUUAUUAUAACCAACAACGAAGUCCAUUAGAUUAUAUUGUUAAUCCGACAACAAAUGAAAAUUACGCUGAACAAAAAAAACAGCGUGAGCAUAUUCCAUUAUAUAUUGAUGAUUCUACUGACAACGAUAACGACGACGAAGAUGAUGAUGAUGAUGACGAUGAGAAUGAUGACAAGGAUUACGAACGCUUGGCUGAAAUAAUAAAUAAUAACAAAUUAAGUAAAGCGUCAAUGGAGAAAAUUAAAGAGAACCAAGACAUGUACUACCGGAAACGCCGAAGUUCACUGGAGAAUGGUUUUAUUUUUAACAAUAAAUAUAAUGCAGUAAAGAGGAAUUAUCCUGGUGUAGAAAAUUUACGUUCUACGAUGAAUAUGUCGCCGGGUUGGGCCUCACUUCGGAAUAAAAAAUCUGGAGCGCAAGAUGACUUGGAUAUUUUAUUUGGUCUUCAUAAAGAUGAUAAAAACAAAAAUUUAUCAGACAAAACAAAUAUGGAGGCUAACAAAAAUAAAGAUAAGAGCCCGAUAAAAAAUACACUCAAUAUGAAUUCAAUAAACCCAACUGUUGAAACCCACAAUAGUAAUAAUGUCAACCCAACAGUAAAAGCCAAAGCUAAACCUACUGAUUUUACUAAAGAGCAAGUUCAUAUAUCAAGUAAACAAAAGAAAAAUAUUGACUGGUCACAAUAUUUCGGCAUUGACAAAAGAAUGAGGAAGCCAACUUGGUCAUUUGACAAACCGGGAUUCGAUCAGAAGGAAGAUGAUGAAUGGCUUCUUCAGCAUUACUAUCAGACCAUGGCGGAUUAUUUAAAUGAUCAUCCUCAUUUGUCUAGUGUAAAUAGUAAUGACAAUGACAAUUACGAUGUAAAUAAUUACAAGAUGAAGCGGAAUAAUGAAAACAAAAUUGACAAUAUCGUGAAAUACUCAAGAGAACCCGCGGAUACGGACCAGAUUUACCUGAAUGAAGACGAGGAUUCGCAAAAAGUAAAAGACAAAAUACUGAGCCAACUUGCUGCUGCGUAUUCCUUGGAAAAAAUGCGCAAGGCUUUGGACGAGUUGAAGCACAACAUAAAAAUAAACCAGCAGCAGAGCCCGGGAGAGACUUUCGACAGGGAGUUCAGCACAAAAGACAGCCGGGAAAAGAAAAAUUACAAUAGUAAAGUAUAUAGUUACGACGAUUUUAAGGGCCAACCGCAUUUGUUCCAUGAAAAGAAGAAAUCUGAGUGUCCUAGUGCCGAGUUGGAGAUACUGAAGCAACAUUGUAUGCCGGUGAACAAUUUCAUCGGGGGACAGAUGCUGUUCUUGCCGUGCAUAAGGCACCAGGUGUGUAAAAUGUGCAGCGACAAUAUCAAAGAAGAGAAGAAAUGUAUAAACUUUUUUGCAAUUGAGGCUGCAAGGAUCUGCGAUAACAUUGAGGAAGAUGAUGACAGCGACGAUGUAGUCGCGGCCCGUGAGUCCUGCAAAAAAAUCGCAGUUUCCGUUACUCAAAUUCAAAUCCCUCCGCGAAUAGUACAAGAAACUAAGCUUUGUUACAAAAUAAUAGCACACCGUGAUUAUAAUUCUUGUUUGGAUGAUUAUCACCCCGAACAUCACAAUUAUUUUAAUAAUAACAAUAAUAAUAAUUAUUAUCCGUACAAAAUGUAAUGAAAGGAGAGAAAUUAUAAAUGUUGAACUUCAACAGCCUAAGAAUAUAUAUAUUUAUCAGAUUAUUAUAAGAUGGACCACUGGAAAUUAAAAUUAUUAUUAUUAUUAUAUAUAUGUAUGUAAAGUAUAUAUAUAUGUCCAAUGUUUAUUGUUAUGUAUUCUGUAAAACAAUAAAAG